AUGCAGCUGAUCUUCCCAAUCCGCCAUGGCAUCGUCCAAGAUUGGGAAGUGUUGGAAAAAGUGUGGCAGCGGCUGUUUUUGAACCCGAAACUGGAAUUAGACGUGGUGAAAAGACCAAAAAUGGUGUACCGGGAACACAGAGCAGUGUACAAAAGCUUCGACGAAACUGAGCCAGGACCAGCUGUAUCAGAUCCGAAUGGGGCAACUACAAACACCGGUGCGGGCCCUCCAACCGCGACUGGCAAAAAGAAGAAAAAUAAAGGCUCAAAAGACACGGCGUCAAGUGUUGGGGAUAAUAAGAGCGAGAUUGGAGGUGAUAAAGACAAAGACCCAGGAAUAAAUCCAGCUGAGGAAGAAGAGGAAGAGCUUUUUGACCACCCUCUCCUUAACCGUUUCCCAAUUCUCAUAACCGAAGCCCCCUGGACGAGCAAGCUAGAUCGGGAAAGAAUGGUAGGGGUUCUCUUCGACAAGUUCGACGCCAUUGCGGUUUGUGUCACCCAGAUCCCCACUUUGACUUUAGUGGCCCACGGGAAGAAGACGGGCUGCUUAGUCGACAUUGGGGAAACGACCACCUCCGCCUGCUGUAUUUACGAGGGCUAUUUGAUGCCCCACACGGUGGACCGGAACAACUACGGCGGGAAGGACAUCACGGAGUUGUUGCUGAAAUUCCUCUAUCCUGUGCAAAAGUAUCGUACUCGUUUAAAUGCAAGGCUUGCAUUACAAAUCUUGUUUCCAAGUCAAAUCUGCAUUACAAAUCUUAUUUCUCAUGCUGAGGAAAUUUGUAAUGCAUUUAUACGAGUGCGAUACUUUUGCAAUGCAUAUCCUCAAAGAGGAGCGCGACAUCGAGUUUUUCGGCGAGGAGUGGCGGCAAUUACAGAACGCGGAGGAGAUUCUGCACAAAAUGGGUUUUGUCCUGACCAACGGGAUGACGGAAUUGAAGUUGUGUCAGCCGAAAAAUUACGAGUGCAAGCUGACCGGGCGGGUGUACAGUAUCAAGACGGAGCGAUGCAGAUGUCUGGAAGCGUUGUUCAAGCCGCAGAUGUUUGAGCAGCUUCGCGGGAUCAACCUCGGUGGGAAAACACUUCUGACAAAGGAAGAGCAAGCGUAUUUACAAACCUUAAACAGCUUCCAACCUUCGGGCAGCGAAGAGGAGGUCGGCGGCGCUUUGAAAACGACAGCGUCGCUCCAGGAGUUAACCUGUCACGCCAUCAACUGCAGCAAUCACCCGAUCCGCCCGGAGUUGUUCAUGAACAUAGUUCUCGCGGGCGGCGUGAGCAGGGUAACGAACUUAGCGCAGCGGUUACGACAGGAGCUGCGGGACAUGCCG